AUGGCGCCACACCUCUUCUACAUUCCCGCAGCUACCAAGAAGUCAGUCGAUUAUCGGCUGAAAAUAGUGCCCCUGGUAUUACCCAGAGCACUACUAUGAAGACCAUACCACCGCGCGUCUCCUCUCGCAAUACUAAUCGCUGUGGUGUUUACAAAAACUUACCAGCAUCCGACACAUUUUCAGGAGCCAGAAAUAUUGUACAAACACCCCCUUCACAGGUCCGAUCCAAGAAAACACCUAAAGGGACCAAGAGGCGUGAGGGCAUAGAAGCACAAACUCACAAGACCAUUAGGUCCCCGUUGUCAGAUAGACUGCACGGGAGAAGAAGGGCGUUUGAGAGAUUACUCACGCGCAGCGGGGAGAAACUUCGAGGCACGCAAUCAUCUUACAACCUCUAUCCACCUAUAUAUAUAAAAGAAUCGGAAGAUCCGUUCUUACAGCCGGCUCCGUCGACCGAAACCAUCCGAUGCGGGCAAGCUAAUGGAUUUUAUGAGCAUACACGUUGGAUGGCUCCUCACUUGCAGGUAGUUGACCAAGAUGGCCCGAAUAUCAUUCAUGGAAAGCCUCGGUUGCUAGAUUUGAUCUCAAUUGGAUCAGACGGCAGUCAUGACGACAACAAUAGCAAAUAUUCGUGUGAAGAUAAAACACCGACAAAGAGGAGAUCUGUCAAGGCCUUGGCGGCCAUGUUUGAAGAUCCGCAUGAGUCUCCGCUGACGACUCGAAAGCCCAAGGUCGGGGCAUCAAAAGAUGCUCUCGGUCUGGCAGAAGGGGCAUACCAAGAUAAGCAAGCGUUGUAUCAGAUUUACAACAGCCCUCAUAAACUUUACCACCCUACCAAGGUUCCCCAUGGACACCCUGAAGCUAUUGGGGACGUGGAGCUGAAACCCAUGGUGAACAAUAAACGCAGUCCAUCUUCUAACGCGUGGCCGCUUGUUGACACAUAGAAUGAUGCACAAGAGUCAUCUGCGAACAGAAGAGAAGGUCUUAUACAUACGGAAACGCAAGAAAGGGGCACACAGACGGAUGCACCUUUACAUACUAGCCCUAACAAUGGGACAGAAAACAACAAUAAUCGACUCCAAGAGCUCGAAGCACUCCUAAGAACAAAAUCAGCAGAAGCCGCA